AAAAAGAAAGAAACAAAAAUUAGGAAACAUAGCAGAUUUGCUUCUUCUUGAGCCAUUCUUUGCAUGCAUUUUCCUCAUCUUCUUCAUUCCUUUGCGAAGUUCAAAAUUUUCUCUCUGGGUAUUGUUGGAAACAGCUGUGUUACUUGAAAUGUUGAUCCUUUUCUGCUUUUCUUCUUCUUAUUUACAGAAAAUUUGCGCUCUUGCUCAAGCAAAACCCUAAUUAGUGUAUUCUCGAUUCUACUCAAAGUCGGUACUUUUAAGGUUUUCCGAAGCUCUUGGUCCUCUGGGAAAGAUAAGAUUGAUGUAAACAAAGGCUUAGAGAAUGAUAAUAGCAAAACAAUACCGUUGCAUUCACUCGGCAACUUGUCAUUGCACGAAAGGACAUCUUAGCGAAGAAGUAUUGUUCCUUACCGUUCAGCAUCUAAACUGGAACCCUAAUGUAAUCGCCACUCUAUCUUGCGUCUGUAAAUGGUUUGAUGAUCUCGCUAAGCGUUUACUAUGGAAAGAGUUCUGCAGAGCCAGAGCACCAAAGAUGGUGUGUGAUCUCCAAUCUAGUGGCAGCCACAGUGUUGAUGGUAGUUGGAGAGCACUUGGGAAGCUUUUGAUUUACUGCUCAGGUUCAAGCAAAGGUGGACUCUUUAACGAUGUUCAAAUCCCUGGUCAUUUUGUUCACAGGACUCGUUUCUCUAGAACAUCAGGAAGGAGCUUCCUUCCUCCACAAUGCCGAACAGAUGACAUUCUAUAUGUUUCUGAUCCUUGUGAACAUCUGGAUCAAGGAGAAGAUGGUGAUUUGGGAUUCUUCCGUGGGAUUUUCAAAUCGUUUUCAAUGUCAAAGGUGAGGAAGUUACUUAUUAGGAAAGGGACAUCGUUUCAUCCCACAGAAGUUUGUCCUUAUUGCAAAGCUAAGCUGUGGAGUAUGCUUCAGGCCAAAAUGAUACCACAAAGUGCUAGCUGUAGAUUGGGGGCUUAUGAAGAUAGCAUUGAGUAUUAUGUUUGUCUCAAUGGACAUAUGCUUGGAGUUUGCACACUCUUGCCCUUGUCCGAUUCUGAGGGAGCAUCCGAGCUUCAGUGACGAUAUGAGUUUUUCAGAAAAUGCUUGAAGCUGUGGUUAGAUGUUAUGAUCUCAUCUCUCUGUUUCUUUCUGCUGGUGAAAUUGUUGUUGCUGGACUUUGGGAUCAUCACUUUGCAUAAAGGUGGUCUGAAGUGUAUCAUAAGCUGAAGUUGUGCAGGGUUCGACAAGAAUAGCUAGCAAUUUCAGAUUCACAUAUUCUCAAACUAUCAUUGUUGUGCAAACCAAUUUGUUGUUACAGUGAUUGUAUAUGUAUGAACAUCAUUUAUUUCUGCUAAAUUUAUGUUAAUUUG